GUCACAUAUUCGUUUAAAAUUUUAUUUUUCAGAUCUUUUUUUUUUUAUAGCAAGAAUUCAUUCAUUGCAAGUUGCUUUGACAAACUAACCAUUAAGAAUGACUUCAGUUGCAGACGCAGUCGUACCCGGUCAACGACUUGGACAUAUUCAGGAAUACAAUGCUGGAGAAGGAACAUAUGCACACCAGGACUUCUUGUAUGCCAGCGUUGUUGGCAUUAAGAAGGUCACAAUAGCAGACAACGAGAUACCCACAAUGAGUGUACAACGGGAAAACACACAAUCAGCUAUUCCGGAUAUCAACGCCAUUGUCACUUGUAAAGUCGUGCGCGUUAAUCCUCGAUUUGCAGCUGUCAACAUUAUGGUAGUCGAUGGAAAACCAUGCACAGAUGACUUUCAAGGCAUCAUCCGUGUACAAGAUGUUAGAGCCACUGAGAAAGAUAAAGUGAAGAUCUACAACUCAUUUCGACCUGGCGAUAUUGUUCGUGCACAGGUGAUAUCGCUGGGAGAUGCAAGAAGUUACUACUUGUCAACGGCUGCAAAUGAAUUGGGUGUGAUCUUUGGAACAAGCGUAGCAGGAGGAUCGCUCAUCCCAAUUUCAUGGCAGGAGAUGCAGUGCACCAAGACCAAAGUUAUCGAACUACGAAAGUGUGCCAAACCUAUGUAGAAUUAGUUUUUACAUGUCACAAGAGUUCCCAUCAUCACACCAUAAUACAGCACUCCCA